AUGUCUACAACCCCUUUGGUCUUAGAAAUUGCGACUCUCGAUGACCUCCCUGCUAUUACAGAGCUAUGGUUCACCGUGUUCAGCGAUCCUGGUAUGCGCAAGCUAGUCCCAGACACACCAGGAACGCGUGAGUGGUUCACUGAAGCCAACCGGGUCGACAUGCUCACAAAGCCGUACCAAAAGUACAUCAAAAUCAUCGACCCCAAUACCAAAGAUGCGCAAGGGCAGGCACGGAUAGCCGCGUAUGCGAAAUGGGACCUAGCCAUGCUCGACGAGCGUGGGCCUCGGUUCCCGCCUUGGCACGGGGACAUGCCUAGGCAAGAUUGUGAUACUUUCUUUGGGGGUUUGGACCAAGAGCGUAAACGUGUGAUGGGUGAUCGGAAGCAUUAUUACCUUGAUAUGCUCGGUACACAUCCCGAUUACCGCUGUCGUGGGGCUGGCUCUAUGCUUGUUCGCUGGGGUUGCGAAAUUGCGGAUCGUGAGGGUGUUGGGGCAUAUAUCGAUGCUAGUAAAGCUGGUAUGCCGUUAUAUGCGAAACAUGGGUUUGUGGAUCGCAGUGACCCCACUAAACCAAGUGAAGUGUUCUCGAUGGCUAGAGAAUAG